CGAGAAAGAUGCGGUUUCACCGCUCCUUGAUAAUCCGACAAGGGCUUUGCUUAUUAUAACCUGGAGUUGGUUGGGUAUUGCGGGAUGGCGGAGCUCGUGUAAAAAGCUGGUGUACAGCAUGCGGAGAGCUACCUAUGCAUAUAAGCGGGGUGGCGUCCAACCUCCCCAGCGAUCUGCGAUCUGCUUCUCGUUUUGCGCAUCUCCAUGGCCAAUGCUCGCCAACCAAUCAUGCACAUGCAGCUACAGUCGUGACAGGACCGCUUGGUUGACUGAUAAGGAAUCUCCUCUAACAAGAAGUACAGACUGUAAGGCCAGGCUCAUUUUUUUGGGCCGUUAGAGUGCAUAGAAGAAACGUGCAGCGAGAUCGAAUGCGGAGAUUCCUGUCGGUCAUGGCGUCGUCAACAGGCCUCAAGCCCCGAAGGUUCGCCCCCUUAAGAGAGGGGGCCGGGAAUAGCUCGAAUGCGCCCAGGCUGCAAGGAGUGGUGUUUGAUGUAGAUGGCACAUUGUGCCAGCCGCAGAACUACAUGUUCGCCCAGAUGCGCGCCGCCCUCGGCAUCCCCAAGUCGGUAGACAUCCUAGAGCACAUCUACAGCCUCCCGACGCCGGAGGCACAGACGACGGCGAUGGAGGCGGUCCGCGCCAUCGAGCGCGAGGCCAUGACCCGGCAGGUGGCGCAGCCGGGGCUGGCGGAGCUGAUGAGCUACCUCGACGCCCGCGGCCUGCGCAAGGGCAUCUGCACCCGCAACUUCGAGCAGCCCGUGGCCCACCUGCUGACGAGGUUCCUCGAGGGGGUCCUCUUCGAGCCCGUCGUCACCCGCGACUUUAGGCCGCCGAAACCGGACCCGGCCGGCAUCCUGCACAUCGCCCUCAGCUGGGGGCUGACGAGGGGGGCCCGCGCCGGCGAGGCGGGCAUCCCGGCGGCGGAGGAUAGGGAGGUGGACGGGAAUCAACUGCUGCCCACCGAGGCCGGGGAGGAGGUUGCGGAUGCGAGCGGCCUGCUCAUGGUCGGUGACUCGAUCGACGACAUGACGGCUGGCAGGAGGGCCGGGGCUGCGACUGUCUUGCUCGUCAAUGACAUAAACCGGCAUCUUGCCGAGCAUGAGCAUACCGACCUGGUUAUCUCGAGGCUCGAUGAGUUGAUCGACGUGCUGGAGCAUGGCUUUGAGGGGCGAGAGUUUUAGAAUCGAGUGCGUUGGGGAAUAGGCGACGGCACGCAUGGGUAGCUUUAGAAUGGAGUUAGAACUGUGGCGAGUCUUUGGAGUGACUCCGAGAUGGGCACUGAACAAGGUCACGUCUCGCGGGGAAGGUUGGAUCUCUGAUAUGAUUGAGGACAUUGAGAUUGGGUAUCCAUUCGAGGGACCAAAUGGGGGUUCCGAGCAAGCUUAAUAGCAGAACAUGGCGCCUACGAUGCUCCAUGGCAUUGCUACGUACAUGUAUCCAUCAAUCAAUGAGCCUUGCUCACUUCCUCUCCC